CUCCGCAGUUUGUGAUGUUAGCCUUUUUUGCUGGACGCUCCUAGCCUUGUUGCCCCUCUGCCCCUGGUACCAGCCUCCAGCCCCCUCCCCCCCCCCGCCCAGGAGACCAUGGCCGAGCAGGCCUCGGGACCCCCGCCGGCGGCCCAACAUGACGAGGUGCUCGAGCAGCGAGUGGCGGCUCUGGAGCAGGAGAGGGCCGAGUUCAUCAAGCUCAAGCAGCAGCUGGAGGCCGAGUUCAACCAGAAACGAGCCAAGUUCAAAGAACUCUACCUGUCGAAGGAAGAGGAGCUGAAGAGGCAGACGGCGGCGCUGGAGGGAGCCCAGGCCGAGCUCAGCUCUUUCCAGACGCAGCUGACAGAGGCCCGGGCCGAGAUGGAAACCAUCAAGGCCGUGGCCACCGUGUCGGAGAACACCAAGCAGGAAGCCAUCGACCAGGUCCGCAGCCAGUGGCAGGAGGAGGUGGCCUCGCUGCAGGCCAUCAUGAAAGAAACGGUGUACGAGUACGAGGUCCAGUUCCACCAGCGCUCGGAGCAGGAGCGAGCCCAGUGGAACCAGUACCGCGAGGCAAUGGAGAGGGAAAUGGGCGACCUGAGGCGCCGCCUCACCGAGGGCCAGGAAGAGGAAAACCUGGAGGACGAAAUGAAAAAAGCCCAGGAGGACGCAGAGAAGCUGCGCUCAGUGGUGAUGCCCAUGGAGCAGGAGAUCACAGCCCUGAAAGCCCGACUGACGACGGCCGAGGACCGAGUGAAAGAACUGGAGGCCUCCAAGCUUCAUCAUUUUCUGAAAGACGGGCAGUGGAAGGUCAAAGAGCUCAAUCACGUCCUGGAGGCGGAGAAGUCGUGUCGCACCGACCUGGAGAUGUACGUGGCCGUGUUGAACACACAGAAAUCUGUCCUGCAGGAAGACGCUGAGAAACUACGCAAAGAGCUCCAUGAGGUCUGUCACAAGCUGGAGCUGGAGCGGCAGCAGCACAACCAGCUGAAGCACACGUGGCAGCGAGCCAACGACCAGUUCCUGGAGUCGCAGCGCCUCCUCAUGAGGGACAUGCAGCGGAUCGAGAGCGUGCUGUCGUCCGAGCAGCUCCGCCAGGUGGAGGAGAUAAAGAAGAAAGACCAGGAGGAGGAUGAAAAAGAGCGUCUGAGCCAAGUGAACGAGCUGCACGAGGAGGACGGCGGAGACAACACCGAGCCCCUGGACGACAUGUUCCUAGGGCUGAGCGUCGAGGAGCCCCACGCAGACCACAGCGCCCACGGCUCCAUGCACUCCUUAGACACCGAGGUGGUGGCGGGCGGCCCCAUGGACCCCUACAGAGACAACCUGCGGCGGGUUCAGUCGACGGACAGCCUGGGCUCCUCGCUGUCCGCCCAGCAGGGGCUCGGGGGCCACAACCACAAGGCCAAGUCGGCCAGCCACCUGGACGAGUCGGACUUCGGGCCCCUGGUGGGGGCCGACUGCGGGGCGGCGGACGGCAGCUUCGGCGAGACCUCGUCCAUUGGCUCGAUCAAGCUUACGGCGAGCCACUUCCUGCUCACCAAAGACCAGGAGAAGGCCAUCAAGGCCAUGACGCCGGAGCAGGAGGAGACGGCGUCGCUGCUCUCCAGCAUCUCGCACACCACCAACACCGCCUACCUGCCGCCCGCCGGCUACCGACUGGUCAGCGACAGCGAGUGGAAUCUGCUGCAGCAGGAGGUGAAAAACGCCGGCAGGAAGCUCGGCCGGCGUUGCGACAUGUGCUCCAACUACGAGAAGCAGUUACAGGCCAUCCAGGGACAAGAGGCGGAGACACGAGAUCAGGUGAAGAAGCUGCAGGUGAUGCUGCGUCAGGCCAACGACCAGCUGGAGAGGACGAUGACGGAGAAACAGACUUUGGAAGAUUCCGUCAAAUCGGGCAACGAGGAAACUGCCGCUAAGGUUUCCGGCCUCGUGCAGCGAGUCCAGGAGUCGGAGGCGCUGCUCGCCACACUACAACAAGCCUUCAGUGACGCUAAGAGGAACACACAGGAGCAAAUGGUGGUGCUGGUGAAGUCGAGGGAGCAGGUGGCAGACGAACUGAGCCGACUGCAGAGGGAUAACGACAGCCUGCAGGGGAAACACCGGCUGCACGUGGAACUGCAGCAACAGGAGGAUUUCCAGAUGCCCAACACUGUGCAAGAGCUACAAGCGCUGGUGUUGCGGUCGCGCGAGGACAUGGUGGCGUUGCGCACGUCCGCCGACCACAUGGAGGAGAGGCUGAAAGCGGAGAUCCUGUUCCUGAAGGAGCAGCUGCAGGCGGAGCAGUGUCUGAAGGAGAACCUGGAGGACACGCUGCAGCUGGAGAUCGAGGGCUGUAAGGAGGAGAUAGACAUCUUGGAAGCGUCUUUCUCCAGUUUGAAGACGGAGCUGGAGCGAAUAAAAGCUGAGAAGGAACAGUCGGAGAGGAGUCUGAAAGAGAAGACGGAGACGCUGGAGAGCAUCCAGGGCCUGAGGUUCCGGCUGGAGCAGCAGCUCAAAGAACUCGUUACGACAAAGGGUGCACUGGAGAGUCAGGCGCUGGACGAGCGAGACAAAGCCCAGCGGCUGCAGACGGAGCUGGACGUCAGCGAACAGGUUCAGAAGGACUUUGUCAAACUCUCUCAGACUCUUCAGGUGCAGCUGGAGCGAAUACGACAGGCCGACUCCCUGGACCGAAUCCGGGUGAUCCUCAACGACACCAACUUCACUGACAUCAACCAGCUUCCGGACACAUGAUAUACCACUGAACGAAAACUGCCUUUUCAGUUUUUAUUAAUUCCCCCACUCUUUGUCUCUAUCACUGGCCCAAUAACAUUAUUGAUCCGACCCCGUUCCCGCUCCUUCCUUCCUGCCCAUUGACCGCCGCGGACGAAGAAGUGUGGAAGGGACGAGGAUCGGACGCGUGGCACGAGGAGCUCGUGGCCCUUUGUGGAACACACCACGGAUAGAAUACUGAAGAAGAAGAAGAAGAAGAAGAAGAACACUACUACUAAAAAAAAAAAAAAAAAAAAUUGUAAAUAACUAAAUGUGUGACUGGACGGAGGGAGUGGACGUCCGUCUGUCUGUCUCGUUUCUACUGUAGAUAUAUGACUGUCUGUAUUUAGGCUCAACCAAAAAGAGGUUGGUCGUCUUCUUAAGCACUUUUCGUCUGCGACUUCUCUUCCCAGGUUUAAACGGAAAAAAAGGUCGGAUGCGUAACUUUUUCUCCUUCUGUUCUCAAAACGGUUGAUAGUCGCCUUCCUUGUUUACUCGCUUGUUCUUUCCAACGUCUUCUGGCUAUUUUUUUGUCACAUUUUCCACUCUAUUCUGGUCGUUUAACCCUUUUGCAAAAAAAACAACACGAUGAAGGACGGAAAAUACUUGCACAUAACUUAGGAUAUAAAAAAAGCAACAUAACACAAAGUGAGCAAUACGCUACCAGUUCUGAAACAUCCUCUACUGUAUCUUGUUUUGCUCUUAACUUCUGUCUCAUUUUAUUUUUUAAGCUGCAGAAAUACAGUGAAGAAAAGCGUAAAGUUGUUGGUGAUAUUUUCAACGGAACCCCAGUUUCUUAAAUGUCAAGACGACACUCGAUUGAUUUCAGUGUAAAGAAAUGGUUCAAUGGCGGCAACAGCAGAAUCGGGUGUCCACAUUAAAAUGUAAAACGAGGGGAAACUAACUGAUUUUAAUACACACUUUAGUCUUUUUAUAGAUUUUGACUCUUUGGAUUGAUCCUCUUAAUGAAAUUCUUAAACUUUAAUGGAAGAGCGCCGUCGUUCAGACGUCAGGGUCACAAAGUAAAACCAUUAAAGGAGUCAUAUUAUAUCAUAUAUUCAGGUUCAUAAUUUUAAUUUGGGUUACAACUUGAGAAGGUUCACAUGCUCUAAUGUUCAGUGAACACAUCAGUUUCCUUCAGCUCCUCUUUCACAACACUUUAAGUUUUUGCUCCUGUCUCUUUAAGGCCCCGCCCUCCCUAUGAAGCCCAGGUCUGAUUGGUCCAGCUGGCUCAACACCUCUGUUGUGAUUGGUCCACCGCUUCCAGCAUGUGUAGGAAGUUCUCUCGCUUUACCUGGCUGUGGGGGGGUGGGGUGUCAGACUCGCUGCUAAACAUGCUUCAUGCACAUUUGUAAUACAGUGAUGUCACUAUGUCACGGAAGUGACGAGGUGUUUCAGGAGCAGUUUUCUCCCUUUACCGCCGAGUUUGGCCUCUUUAACUUUAGCAGAACUUUUACAUACACCCAAUCUAUGACACAAAAAUGAAAAAGCAGAAUGUGUCUCCUUUACGAGUUUUGAUGAACAAUCCUCUAACAAGCUCGUCCCCAAGAGGUCAAGAUUGGAUUCUUUGCAAAAAAAAAAGUUACGUGUCUAACUGGGAAGUCGUGACUUACGGAAAACUGACUAUAUAUAUAUGAUAUAUAUAUAUAUAUAUAUAUAUAUAUAUAUAUGUGAUAUGUGUCAUGAAAUGAUUCAUUCAUCACAACAAAAGUUAUUUAUCUGUGGAGCUUCUGGUGGAUUUGAAUCAAAGGCUUAGUGUUUUAGGAUUUCUGGGGGAUCUAAUCGUAAUUAUGUUUUGAUUAGUGAAUAAUCACCUGAAUUUAACAAUCGUGUUUUUUCGUCAGCUCAGAUUGAGCCUUUUAUAUCUGCAGCAGGAGCAGGCCGUCUUCCACGUGUGGCGCAGUGAUUCCAGAAAAUGUCCGUGUGAGAAUAAAGCAGGGAAAUCUCCGAAGUCACCCCUCGCCUCAAUGUUCUGGAAGUUUUCUGCUGCUGCGAUCUUCCUAAGUGAACGGGAAACUCCGGAACCCAAAUUUUCCAGACCUUUUUAUUAGUUGUUCGUGUCUGAAAGCAGCGUAGGUUGAAUGACGUGUCGUCAUCCAUUGGCCUUUUUCUGUACCUUUUUGUUUUUCAAAAACUCCUGUCUUUUGGUCACGUCGGGGAAAAAGUACGCAGAGUUUCGGACACUUGUCAGUUGAUCUUAAGAAACCUUAAAGGGGCAGUAAGCGAUUCUAAAGCGGUCCAGGUUUUGUAAAAAAAUCAGCUAAUAUUUCCUCACCGGCCGUUAGCUGUCGCUUUUGUGUGUGCGCUGAAAAAAGCCCAGGCUCCUUAAAAUCCUAAAAAUGGUGCGGCCCGCACCACACAACAUCACAGCGAUUUUCCCCAGAAUCGCUCACUGGCCCUUUAAGAGACGCGCUAGCGGGUGACGCCAAGACUCGGAGCUUUUGGCCUCGUGGUCAGCGGCGCGUCGGUCGCCCGGACCCGAGGUCGCGACCCGAGCAGUAAAAUCACAACAACAAAGAGGGAGACUUUUUGUCUUAUUUUUUUCGAUUGGAAUAAAUAAAUGGUAGAAUAUUGACAGGAAGUCGUUUGGGUUGGGAUGCUUCUGAGGAUGUGGCUUCGUGACUUGCGUCAGGUAGAUAUCGUUGUAAUAUUCAGGCAUUUGGGUCAAAAUCGAGCACGGAGACGUGUGAUUUCAUACAUAGAUUGAAAUAAUCCAUAGACUACUGAGAGAGAAAACUGCACGUUUACAAGUAAAAAUAAAUCAAAACAUUUUUUAAAAAUCACACGUUUGUGAAACUUUCUAACUUGUGGUUUGUUUUUUUCCAUGUGCAGACUGAGGAAGUAUGAUUAUGAAUAUGAUUCUCGAGAGCCUGAAUGAAUAUUGUCAAUGUUGUUGUUUUUUUCCUUCAAAUCUCCCCCAAGUAUGUGAGCCAUUUCCCAGGAGUCACGGUCCACUUGGAAUAAAGAUUGUGACUCAUUUGAAACGGAUUUAUGGAAAAUAUGAGGCUGAACGAGAUUUUUGCUCCCGGUCGCACUAAAUCUCCCUCAAGUGGAGGGAGGGGGAUAGAAACAACGACCUAAGAUACAAGUUAAAUACGCUGCACAUGCUGUUGUUUGUUGUUUUCAUUCUUGCAUGUCAAACAUUUUCCAUAUGUCGCUUAUGUCUAUACUGUAGAUAUGGUGAGUUGAUAUUUAUGAUGGAUUCAUGCGACGGUGUGGACGCGUGGGCGAGUUGCACUCGACGGACGGAAAAAAAAAAGAAAACUGUCGGAGUAAACAUUUUAACAGUGUGAAUCCUGCACAUAAUUUAAUUUUGUUUCCCUCCGAUGGCCUUAUUGCAUUGGCUUGGUGUGUUUUUAAUUUUAUUUGUGACAUUUAAUGUCUAUGACGGCGACAACAUUUCUACUCGGGGCCCAAAGCGGCGGUAAUGUGAGAGUCGCCGCAGACGUUCACUCACUCACUCACUGUGGUUCUGCCUAGGUGUUGAUUUUAUUUUAUUCUUUUAACCCAAUAAUUUCUGACCUGGCGUCGCUGGGUUGUUCGCAAACUGCGCGUUCCCUGAAAGACGAUCAAGUAGAUGUUAAAAACGAGAUGAAGAGUAAAGAAUAUAUAAAAGGGUGAGAGACGUAUACAGCUGUACACUGUGUACGACUACUGCUACUUGGUUUUUGGUAUAAAAAAUACAAAUUCACAAUGAAUAAAGCACAUUCGAAGUCC